AUGGAAAUUGAUUUGAAUUUGGGAUUUACAAAGAAGAACACACGUUACCUGGAAACAAGCAAGCAUAUACGGUGGGAUACUACUCGCCCUGACGGAGUCAGGGGAGAACUCGACUCCAGGGCUCGCUGUACGCUGCCAGGGAGCCAAGCGUGGGGCAGAAAAGCGGUGCCCAUGUGUGAGGCGAAGCUGCCACCAAGCGACAUGGCGACCGCGCCUAGUGCUGCGGCGGCCGACGACGUCCGUGGCCUAGCCAGAGGCGAGGAUGGAGGCAUAAAUAUUAAAAUCUGUUGGAUCUGGACGGAGGUAGGAAGGGAUCGAGCUAUGGAAGAGGAAAGGGCGCACCUUGUCGAUUUGCUCGUUCCUCAUCGGGCUCGAAGCUCGCAAGGGGGCGUGGUGGCUCGGCCUCCUGCCUGCUGUCGACGGGAUUUGAGGGUGCUCUGCCUCCUACCUGCUGCCAGUCCGGCCACCUUGCCUGCGGUCGACCGGAUCUCCGCCACCUACUCAGUUCGCCUCUCGAGGCCACAACAGCGCAUCGUGGAUGUGGUGCCGCCGGCGCUCCUUAACGUCGAGAGCAAGGUGGCCUUCCUGAUCUCCGACGAUGGGAGAACGUUGUUGACUCCACGAGCUCGCCGGCGCUGCAACUCACUCGACCGCUUGGGAGCCUUCAACGCGGCCACGAUAGGUGCCCGGAGCCGCCACCAUCGCCGCUCGUUGACCGUGGCUAUCCUCAGAGGAGACCGCAGCGUAGAAGGUGGGCUCGUGGCGGAGGGGGCAGUGAGCUGGGCGUAA